UUUCAUUUCCCAUUUUCUAUUUCUUCUUCUUCUAGAUUGUUCUCUCCUUCUCUCUUUACGGUGAUCUUCAUGGCUGCACGAGCUAAGCUUGAAUCACCCUUCAUCUUGAAUCGUUAACAAUUAUAAUCUUCCUUGAGAGUUAACGCCGUCUUCAUCCGUUAAAAUUCUUCAAAUGGCUGCAUCUCAUUGGCCAAAUCCCGCCACCGAAUAUUCUUCCAUAAAAUUCCUACACCCUCUCUUCUAUAAAACCAACCCCUAUGAACGGAAAAAUACUAGUCCAAAAAUAAGUGAAAAACAGAAUAAACGGAAUGAGCGAGUCACUAAAGCGAAAUUAUCGUCUGAGCGAGGAGUUAGGAAGGGGACGAUUCGGCGCCGUUUUCAAGUGUUACUCGGCGGCGACCGGCGAUCAAUUCGCCGUCAAGUCCAUCGACAAGCGCCUCAUCGCCGAUGACUCCAUCGACCGGCAAUGCCUUUACAACGAAGCUAAAAUCAUGCACUUGCUUUCACCGAGUCCUUACGUUGUUCGUCUCUUCGAUGUCUACGAGGACGAUACUCACCUCGAUUUGGUUUUAGAGCUAUGCAACUCUGGCGAUUUGUUUCAACGCCUCAGUAGCCGACCGGUUUUCUCCGAGUCCGAAGCCGUUGAUGUUAUGGUACCACUAAUGAAGGCAAUAGCGCACUGUCACCGGCUCGCUGUAGCUCACAGGGACAUCAAACCGGAUAACAUUUUGUACAACAACUCAAACGAGCUGAAAUUGGCUGAUUUUGGCUCGGCUGAGUGUUUCCGUGAGGGGCAGCUGAUGAGCGGCGUGGUUGGAACGCCGUAUUACGUGGCGCCGGAGGUGUUAUCCGGGAGAAACUACAAUGAGAAGGUUGAUAUUUGGAGUGCUGGUGUUAUUAUGUAUAUAAUGCUUGCCGGAAUCCCGCCUUUUUAUGGGGAAUCGGCUACGGAGAUCUUUGAGGCUGUUCUCAGAGCGAACCUUAGGUUUCCGACUAAGAUCUUUCAGUCAGUGUCGCCGGCUGCGAAGGAUUUGCUUCGGAGAAUGCUCUCUUAAGGCGUUUCUAGAAGAUUCUCUGCUGAACAAGUCCUUAUUACUGGUUACUAAAUUGUGUUAAUGUGGCGGUGAUAAGGGCACCGAUGGAUGACUGGCAAUGGAGAAACUAGAACAGUUGCGCUAUUUUAGCUUGAGGAGAUUUGCGUCUGCCGAUAAAAAAUCAUACAAACCGGAUUUUUGGGUACGUAAAGAUCAGCAGCCGCAUAUGAGAGCAAGCUAUUCGUCUAGAUAGAAUUAGUUACUCCUAGUAAAUACUAGUACUCCAUUUACUGUAUAGCCACCAGCCUAGUAAUUAACUAGUAACUACCUACCUACCUAGUUAUCUUUGUGGGCUUCCUUCUGCGUGAAUUAACAAUUAAUACUUGCGAAGUUUGGAUGCAAUUUUCUUGUAUGUUCCCUUCCUGCACUGUGUUUUUUGUUUGCGAAUGGGAAAGGAGAAUGCCAUGAAUUCUCUUCUUUUUGGGGGAUAUUUAGCUAAAUUAUCAUCUUUCUGAUAUUCCUUUUGUUUAAUUUAGAAAGAACGUAUUUAUUUA